CAGCCUGCAUUCAUGGCUCAUGGAGACAUCACAAUCGGAGGAAUUUUCCCUUUGCAUUACAGAGUGGAACUACCAGCAACAGAUUAUACAAGCAAACCUUUGGCAGCACAGUGUCAAGGGUUCGACGCCAGGGCACUUCGCUGGGCUCUGGCCAUGAGGCUUGCUGUAGAUGAGAUUAACAACAGUGUAGACCUGCUACCCCACCAUACGCUGGGCUACAGGAUCUUUGACUCCUGUGCCACUCCAGUCACAGCUCAGAGGGCAGUGCUGGCUGUACUGAAUGACCUGAAUGUGGCUCAGAAUUUGAUGUGUUCUGGUGGGGAACCUGUACUUGCCAUAGUUGGAGAAUCUGGUUCUUCACAAUCCAUUGUUGUCUCUAGAACACUGCAGCCUUUCAGAAUACCUAUGAUAAGCUACUUUUCAACCUGCUCCUGUCUAAGUGAUCGAAAACAAUUCCCAACAUUUUUCAGAGUAGUCCCAAGCGAUGACUACCAGGUAAAAGCCAUUGCUCAGCUCUUGAAGAGAUUUGGCUGGACAUGGAUUGGCGUGGUCACUGAAGACCAUGAUUAUGGUAGAUUUGCUUUGCAAGGCCUGAAACAAGAGAUAGAAAACACUGAUAUUUGUCUGGCCUAUCACAAAAUGAUUCCUAAAGAUUUCAAGCAAGAUCAAGUCCUUGAAAUUCUGAAUGUGAUGAGAAAGUCUACUGCAAGGGUGGUGGUUGUGUUUUCCGGUGAAGGGGAAUUUUACCCUUUCUUAAAAGAAUUCAUGACUCAAAACAUCACAGGAAUCCAGUGGGUUGCCAGUGAAGCUUGGGUCACUGCCUCAAUAUUAGCAGAAACAUAUCCAUUCUUAACUGGCACAAUUGGAUUUGCUAUUCGCCAAGGCCAUGUGCCAGGGCUGCAAGAGUAUCUGAUGAUGGUAAACCCCCAGAAAUACCCUUCCAACCCCCUGGUGCAGGAGCUGUGGGGGGCUCUGUAUGGUUGCUCCCCCUCCCCUUCUAAUGGUGGCACCCAGUUGCCCCUCUGUACGGGACAGGAGACGCUCCGCAAACAACACUCGGCCUACAUGAACACCUCCAGUACUCGUGUCACUUACAAUGUAUAUAAAGCAGUGUAUGCCAUUGCUCAUUCCCUUCAGAGUUUCUUUCAGUGUGUACCAGGAAGUGGGCCUUUUAAUAGUUCUUCAUGUGGAGACAUCAAUGAUAUCUAUCCAUGGCAGCUGCAACAUUACCUUCAGGAGGUUUCUUUUUUGGUCUCUGGUGAACACGUGAACUUUGACACCAGGGGAGACUCAGUUCCAUCUUAUGAUCUUAUAAACUGGCAGAGACAGAAAAAUGGAGACAUCAGCUUUAUCAAAGUGGGUCUUUAUGAUGGAGCGAGGGAUUCUGGGAAAGAACUGGUCAUCCAGGAUCAGGCAAUCAUGUGGCUUGGCAAUCAGAGCAAGGUGCCAGUAUCCAUUUGCAGUGACAGCUGCACUCUGGGAUUUAGGAAGGCUGUCCGUAAUGGGGAGCCUCUGUGCUGCUUUGACUGUGUACCAUGUGACAGUGGCAAAAUUAGCAAUCAGACAGAUUCAGUAGACUGUAUGGAGUGUCCUGAAGAUUACUGGUCUAAUGCUAAUGGAACAACAUGCAUUCCUAAGAUUGUUGAGUUCCUCUCCCAGAGGGAUACAAUGGGAGUUAUCCUGAUGGUGAUAGCCAUAGUAGGGUCUUGUCUUACGACCGCUGUCCUGGCAAUAUUCUUGCACUAUCGAGGAACUCCCAUAGUACGCAUCAAUAACUCAGAGCUGAGCUUCUUCAUCCUGUUCUCCUUGACUCUGUGUUUUCUGUGUGCAUUGAUCUUUAUUGGGGAGCCCACAUCUUGGUCCUGCAUGUUGCGCCACACGACUUUCAGCAUCACCUUCUCCCUCUGUAUCUCCUGCAUCCUGGGCAAAACCUUAGUGGUCCUGGCUGCCUUCACAGCCACGCAGCCUGGAAACAAUGUGAUGAAAUGGCUCGGGCCUGUGCAGCAGAGGAUCAUCAUCUUUAGCUGCACACUGGUACAAAUGCUGAUCUGUGCUGCAUGGCUCAUAGCCUCCCCACCGUUCCCUUACAGAAACACACAGUAUCAGCAUUCCAAGAUCAUUCUAGACUGCAGUGUGGGAUCAGACCUGGCUUUCUGGUGUGUCCUUGGCUACAUUGGCCUCUUGGCGACUGUGUGUUUUGUUUUGGCCUUCCUGGCACGCAAACUACCUGGAAAUUUUAAUGAGGCUAAGUAUAUCACCUUUAGCAUGCUGAUAUUUUGUGCUGUUUGGCUAGCCUUUGUUCCUGCCUACGUCAGCUCACCUGGUAAAUUUACUACAGCCGUUGAAAUAUUUGCUAUUUUAGCAUCCAGUUUUGGCCUGCUUUUGUGUCUGUUUGCUCCAAAAUGUUAUAUUAUUUUACUCAAACCAGAAAAGAACACUAAACAGCAUCUAACAGGGAAGACAACAAAAUAA